AUGAGAAAAAGUAUCGCAGCAUACUGGGGGAAGCUAUGGAAAGCAGCAACAGCUGGGGAUGCCAGAAAGUUGCCAACCACUCAAUGUGAUAGAAUGUGGAGGGCAUUUCAUGCUGUGUGUUUCAGUCAUGAUUUUGUUGUGGAUUGCGAGCUUUUUCUUUAUCCAGCUCUUUUACAGAAUGCCACCUGCAGGCUUUUCAAUCAAUCUUCUGUGACCAGAUUGUUUGAAAAUAUUAUUUUGUUCAAAACCACAGUUGUCCCAACUACUGUCGCUGGUAGUCAAUCUGAAGAGAUAGAGAUGACGGUUGUGGAGGAGAACACUCUAAGAUAUGCUGUGGGUUUUGUUCCUUUCUCUCUGAAAAAACAGUGUUCAAAGAGAAAGACCGGGACUGAUGACGGACUAAAGACCAGGACGUUCGGGGAAAAAAUUAAAUGUUUAAGUGCACUAGGUGUGGAUGACGAAUUGGAAAAAUCCCAAACAUUCUUGGAGUAUACCAGAAGUUGGAUAGAGAAACAAAAUGGGUGGGGGGAGGGGUUGUUUCAAUUGAACGAUGCUGGGUACCUGUUCUUUAGAGCAGUGGAAUGUCACUGUAGGAAGUUCCUCCAGCAAACAUGUGUGCCUAACAAUGGUUCUUCAGACAUCCGGGACAGGGCACCCUUCAUCUGUAUUCCCUUCAAGUCCUACAAAUGUGUGUCAAGUUGUGGGUGAACAUCAGAGGGCAUGCGUUCGCAGCCAACUGGGUUGAAAAAUUUAAACAAUCGCAAUGUGCUGGAAAAAAUAAAACACUAAAGGAGCUGUCAUAA